CAGCACGCAACAAUGGCACGCUGCUUCUUCCCACUGGUCUUUGGGGCCUUGGCAUGCCUCGCAAUCAGGACCUGUCAAGCCGAUGGGCGCGUUUUCCUGUUGGAGAUGCAGAAUGUGUCCAAGAGCGGCUACGAGGGGGCGAGACAGGCCUGUGUGGCCCACAACGCCCGGCUGGCCUCGACAGCAGACCUGUGGCACGCCAUCUUGGAAUGCUCCUUCUCCGCCUGCACGCGAGGCUGGAUGGACGGAGCCACCGUUGGGACCACCAUAUGUAAGGGUGAGGGAGGAUCUGGCCUGAGAACGGUGGAUGUGAAAACGGAGGAGAACGUGGCCGAGGAGGAGACAACGCGACUGGAUGCCUUUUGCAUCAAAGACAAAGAUUCUCCGUGUGGGUCUCCCCCCACCUUCCCACACACCCACAUGCAGAGCCAGACGGGGCUGGAGCUGGGCGAUGAGCUGGUGUUUGUGUGUGAGCCGGGCUACAGCUUGGCUUCCGGUGACACGGCCUUCAGCCUGCUGUGCGACAGCUGUGGGGAGUGGUACGGCCUUGUGCAGCUCUGUGUGGAAGAUGAUGCCGAGGCGGCCCACCAGGAUUACGAGGACAAGUUCCCCAAUGAGGAGCACGCCUAUGGAGGAGAGGAAGAGGAGGUGGUGGAGAAUGAGGAGACACAUUCAGAGGAAGGAGAAGCAGAAGGAGUAACAGAUGGACAGACAGAGACAGAAGAGCAUGAUGCGGCACAGGAAACUACAGUGGAGGAGGAAGAGGAGGGUGGAGAGACCGUGGUGGAAGAAAAGGAGGAGAAAGAUGCCGGAUCCGUGACGGUCCCACCCGUGUCUCAGCUGAGCCAGAAGCACCUCUUCUGGUUCCCAUCCGAGGCCUUCCACGACGACGAUCAUCAUCACGAUGAUGAAGAGGGGGACGAGGAGACACAUCUCGAAGAACCAGAUACGCCCGACCAGAGCAGCAGCAGUAGCGCCAAGGACACGGACAACACCGACAACUCAGACAAUGUUGCCGGAGCAACAGGCAUGGAACAUGAGGAGAAACAUCACCAUGGAGAUCAUCGUGAAGAUGAGGGUGGUGACGGUGAUGCUGGUGCUGAUGCUGGUGCUGAUGCUGACCACAUUGAGGAGAUGCCAACCACAGACGAGGCCCUCCGACACACGGAGAAGACCUGGCUGGACGGUUACCCCGUGAGCGAGGAGUUCACCGAAUCCACAGAGGUCACCUCGGCUGUGGAGAAGGGGAAAGGGGGGGAGGAAGAUGUUUCCAAGGAGCACCACCACCUGGUGAAAAGCGAGGAGGUGGAAGAUGUUUCUAAGGAGCACGAGCACCUGACGAAAAAUGAGGAGGCGAAAGACAUGCAGGAGGUUUCUGAGGAGCACGAUCUGACAAAAAGUGGGGAGGAGGUGUCGAAGGAAGAGGAGGUGCGGGAUGUUUCCAAGGAGAAUGACUCGACAAACAGCGGGGAGGUGAAGGUGAUGGUGGAUGUUUCUGAAGAGCACGAUCCGGCGAGGAGUGAGGAGGAAAACGAGAAGGAGAGGGGGAACGAGAGGGCUACAGAGAGCUCUGAGGAGACGUUCAAGGAGGAGCUCAAUCAUCCCGACACUGAAGAAGCUGAAGCACACCCAACCGUCUUCAUCAAUGGCAGUGAGGUUGUCUCAACAGAAAUGCCAUUCCACCAUCACCACCAUCACACCGUGGAGCCGCUGAACAUCGAUGGGUCCGAUUCGAUCACACAUUCAGGAGUGGGGCCUAUUGACUCUGUGAUGGACACCACGGCAACCACGAUCAUUUACCCGAGCACGACCCAAGGAUUCUUCCAUGUCACGCUGGCGCCAGACAGCAACGAGGUGACAGCCAUGGCCGAGGACGUCACGAGUGUCCCGUUCCAUCACGUCACUUUGAGCCCCGAUGACGUCAUCACAGCCAUUGACGACCUGGGCACGCCUGUCAUCUUUGCUACGGUCCUACCUGAUGACGACGACGACGAUGACGUCGUCACCACCACCGUGUCUGCGGACGUGCCUGUUCUCGUCCACGACUUCAGUGACUUAGAUUCGGACCGCUAUAAUCUGACCAAACAGAGCAUGCCCACAGAAGACCCGUGCAGCGAACUAGACCUGGACACCUGCUCGCCCUCGUCCAGAAGCACUUCGUUAAUUGCCAUAGUAACGGUGGUGACGAUUGUUGCCGUGGCAGGCCUUAUUCUGGGGGCGUGGCUGUAUAGGCGGAGACAGCUCAAGAGCUCACACUAUCAGUUUAACGGAACUAACACGCACACUCAGAACUUUGAGAUGCAACAGACUGUGUGAAAUGUGAACACACCACAUGGUCCAUUUUUACUUAAUGUACUCCCUCACUCUCAUAUAGAUAAAAUACUGUAGCCGUUUGUUUUGUGUUGUUUGCGUUGUACAUUUUGAAAGUUUCUGUCUACCUAAAGGGUG